GAAAGGAGAACUCAUGGGUAUAGGGAUUUCAGACCUUGGGUGAUCAAGUUUCGAACUAAGGAUGACAAAUGAAUCAAUCAAACUAUUAACCUUAAGCCUAGACACAAUUCUAAGCAAGCUCUAUGUCUAGAUGAAUGCUCAUUUGCUAACAUGUCUCAAACAUCAAAUGUCUUUGGUUGAAUAACAUGCAAGCAAUCAUUACUAACAAGUCUAUUAGCUAUCUUAGCAUCUUUAACAACAAAUAUCUUUGGCAAAGUACACUAAGAGCCUAGGAGAGUUGACUCAGGCAUUUCAUCAAACACCUUUUGGGUGGGAAAUGCCUAGAGAUCACCCUUUGAGUGGCCUACUCAAAUGAUGCAUUAAGAUCACUCUACUAGCAAGGAACAAGUAUGAUCUACACCUAAAACAUCCUAGAACUAGCCUAAUCACCCUUAAUCACCCUAACCCAUGAAUCCAAAAGGUGAUUACUCACUAAUCUCCAUGAUUCCUCUUAAACCCAUGAUGGAUUUCAGAUGAAUCAUAUAGAGAAAUAGAAGAGAAAUCACAAGAACACAAGAACAAUCAAAUCAAAAGAGAGCUUUUCUUGAGAGAGUUUUUGUGUAUUCAAAUGAUAAAAGAUUAUCUGCCAAAAGGUGGCUACAACAUACUUAAACAUUAGGUUUUUCAGAGUAAAAACGUGCAUAAGAAAUUGCAAAAAGGUCCUUGAAAAAUCAUAAAAUCGUGUAGCAAAAGGGGCUGGAGCGACCUUGGGGGGUCGCUCUGAGAGGUCGCUCCAGACUCCAUUUUUGUGUCUCCGGGCGAUGAAAACGCGAGCUACUUAGGUGGGUCGCUCUGGUUGGUCGCUCUGGUUGGGAGCGACCUUGGGGGGUCGCUCCGGAAGGUCACUCUGCGGUUCUCGACCAGGAUGGAUAUGCCUCUAGUAAAUUGAUCAUAACUCCUUCAUUACAUCUCCAAAUGACUUGAAACCACUUCCAUUAGAAAGCUAACUCAAUUUCCUGUGUCUCCACAAAAUCUUAGCAACAGAAGAUUUCUCUAAGGCCUCCAUCCAUGCUCAUCUUUCACCCUCUUUUUGAUCACAUUGCUUCCAAAUGUCUCCAAGAACUCCAUGUGGUGUUCCAAUACCUGAUAGAGACAUAUGUAUGCCAAAUGCAACCUAAACAUGUCUAAAUCCUAAUCUAUAUGAUGCAAAUGCUUAUGAAUGAAUGGUUAAAACAAUGCAAAUAUGCAAGACAUCAUGAUGAUGAAACUGAAGAAUGGGAGGAGGUGCAGAACGCUAUCAACUGGACGGUUAGGGCUCUUAGUAGAUCCGAUGAAGAAGAAUUGUCUUCGCAAUCAAGGGAUGAUGAUGAUGAAGAAGAACAUGAGCUUGACUGGCAGGUUUUGAUAACUAUCAACAACGUUGUUAAUUACAUCGAACAAGCUGAAGGUAUCACGAUCAACCCUGGCGAUAUCGACCCUAGCUAUUACAUGUAUCUAGCUAGUUUGGGUGAUGGUGAUGCUGAUGUUGAUGAUGCUAUUCUUGGCCACAUGUUUGAUAACGAAGCUGGGAUCAGGGGGAAUCCUCCGGCUGCCAAGAGGGUUGUUGAGGAUCUUCCUGUUGUGAAACUUACAUUGGAAGAAGGGGACAUGGUUUGUGCGGUCUGUAAAGAUGAGAUGGUCCUAGAGGAGGAAGUGAAGAGGCUUCCUUGUAGGCACUUGUAUCAUGGAGAGUGUAUUACGCCUUGGCUGGGGAUACGGAACACUUGUCCGGUUUGCCGGUUUGAGCUUCCUACUGAUGAUCUUGAGUAUGAAAGGCAUAGGAGAUCACAAAGGAGUGACACCAGUCUUUUCCUUGCCGGGUAGAUAUAUAUAGUUAAUGGAAAUGUGAAGUAUAUGUUUGUUUGGCCCUGUUAAUAGUCACGGUGUAAGAGGCAAAGAUCCUUUAACCGCUUUGUUUUAUGGUAAGCAGCAGUUAUUGUGAAAUGCCAAGUUGUAUAUAUUCCUUUUUUCUAAUGAAAUAAAUCAUGUUAAAACU